UUGAAGUUUGUUGAUUAUUUGACAGUUGUAGUUGUAGGAAGGAAAGGAAAAUUUGGAAAAGAGGAGCAUAGGAUUAUUCAAGUAUUCGAAAGGAAAACACUUGCUCUGGGGGAAAAUGGCAAAAACUUAUGACUACCUUUUCAAACUACUUCUUAUUGGAGAUUCAGGUGUGGGCAAAACCUGCGUUUUAUUCCGAUUUUCCGAAGAUGCAUAUAACACUACCUUUAUUUCAACUAUAGGUAUCGAUUUUAAAAUUCGAACAAUAGAACUUGAUGGUAAAAAAAUCAAGUUACAAAUAUGGGAUACAGCUGGUCAGGAAAGAUUCCGAACAAUCACAACAGCAUAUUAUCGAGGAGCCAUGGGUAUCAUGUUAGUAUAUGACAUAACUAAUGAGAAAAGUUUUGAAAAUAUCAAGAAUUGGAUAAGAAAUAUCGAGGAAAAUGCAUCAGCAGACGUUGAAAAAAUGUUACUUGGUAAUAAGUGUGAACUUGAAGAAAAGAGACAGGUUUCAAAAGAACGUGGAGAGCAGUUAGCAGUAGAAUAUGGAAUUAAAUUCAUAGAAACCAGUGCUAAAGCUAGUAUUAGAGUUGAAGAUGCUUUCUACACGUUAGCUAGGGACAUUAAAGCUAAAAUGGAAAAGAAAUUGAAGGAGGCAAGUAAUCCACCAAAAGGCGGACAUCAACUAUCGCUGGAACCACAACGCAAGCCAACCAACUGGUUGUCUAGAUGCACCUUAUUGUGACCAUUUAGAAUGUUUGAAGAAGAAAAUUUCUUCCAAUGUUCCACAUACACAGUUUUAUUAUUUGCAUAAAAACCGAAGUAAUAUUUUUUCAAAAAACGAAAAAAAGUCAUCGGAACUCUAAAAUGUUAGUUUCUUAGUUUUGAGAACGGUUUGUGUUUUCGCUGAGUUGCAGGUACAUUAGGAUUCCAUUUUAAAUUAUAUCUUGUCAUCGUAUAGAGGAAUAACUCGAUAUUAGUGUUCAAUAGUAAAUGGAGUGCAAUUCAAAUUCAUCAAGUUUUCUGUGCAACAUGUCUAUUUAGUUUUGGGAUCACCUGUUCAAUAAAAUUUUACAGAGUACUGAAAAUGUAAUGUAACGAUACAAGAUUUCUGUAAACUUCGUAGUUGAAACAGUGGUUGUCAUUAAUUAACUGUACUCCGAUACUUGAAAUUCUUAUGUAAGGAAAGUGGUAUGCCAAUUUAAAUAUAUAUAUAUGAUAAUUUAAUGUGAUUUGAGAAUCGAUAAAAAAAGCACAACCUAUACUUACUGUCAUGUUCCUGCUUCUGUGACACUUGAAAUUAUAAAACCUUUUUACCACAGGAGUCACAUGAAAGAACGGAUAUUUGAGGAAUGAAUAUUUAUCGUUCCUAUUACAAAGGACAACGUCUAAAAAGAUGAAAAUCAAUGCUCAUGAACAGGGAAUGUUACAGUAUGUAUUGUGCUUUGCUUUCUAUAUAGUAGAUAAUACAAACAUAUUUAUAUUCUGUGUGCACAUUCAUUGACACUCAUUUUAACUCCUACUUAGAAAUUAAUCAAAGGAAGGCUCGGUGAAAAUCAUUAGGAUUAACUUUCAAAGGUGGUCUUCUAGUUAUAAGCAACUAUUGUUGAAAUUGAUUUAUAUAUUCAAAAUUAUUUUUGUUCAUCUAGUGGAAACUUCUGAUAUUAAGUUAAAUAAUUUUUAUACAUGAUACUUUAUUUAUGAAUAUAUAUCAAUGGUCAAUAAAUUCAACCAUCUUUAGUUAGGGCUCAACUAGCUGACUAUAGUUUUUAGUAUGACAAAAAAUGUAUUUUGCCCAACAGAGUAAUAGUUUUUAUACAUUUUUAUAAAUUUCAUGCUUUCGGACAUCAAAAUUGACAGCACAUAAAUAUGUAUUGAAAAUUAGUUGGUCAGCUUUUUGUAAAUAAAAUAUUUAAUUUUA